AAGGCCAACCCUCCUUGAAUGUGGAAACCAGUGUCCUUCUCUUUGUAGAAAAAUAAAAUAAAAUAAAAACAACUGCGUCUCCCCAGUGGGCAGACCACCUGGUUAAACCCAGCAGCGCUUCCUAUUCUCUCCCCUCUCCGACUUAAAUACCCUCACCUUUCUCUCCCAAUCCAAAAUCCCAAAACCAUUUCUCUCUUAAACCAAAAACCCAACAAGAAAAAUCCCAUCUUUAUUCUCUCUCUCUUUCUGCUCUUUCAAGAUCAGUCUUUUGUGUUUAGAACAACAAGUAGAAGAAGCGAAAAUGCGGAUGAGUUGUAAUGGAUGCCGAAUACUCCGCAAAGGCUGCAGCGAGAAUUGCAGCAUCAGGCCUUGCUUGCAGUGGAUUAAGAGUCCCGAGUCCCAAGCAAACGCCACCGUUUUCCUCGCCAAGUUCUACGGCCGCGCCGGCCUCAUGAACCUCAUCAACGCCGGCCCCGAACACCUCCGUCCUGCGAUCUUUCGAUCAUUGCUAUACGAGGCAUGCGGGCGGAUUGUGAACCCCAUUUACGGGUCGGUCGGGUUGCUGUGGUCCGGAAGCUGGCAGCUCUGCCAAGCCGCCGUAGAAGCCGUGCUUAAGGGCCACCCGAUCACUUCGAUUACAUCUGAAGCUGCCGCCGACGGACACGGCCCACCUCUCAAGGCCUACGACAUUCGCCACGUGUCCAAAGACGAGAACUCGGCCGCGUCGAACGAGCCGAAGCAGGCUAAGACUCGGUACCGGUUCAAGAGGUCCGUCGUCAAGCCCAAGGCCAGCAAGGUCGGGUCUGGGUCGGGGUCCGGAGCCGACGACUCGGCGAAACCGAGCUGGGCGGGGUGCUGUGCGGACGAGUUCAACCGGUCGACGAGUCACGAGUCGUCGCUGAGUCACCAGUCCGAGGCGGCUGCCAACGUGGACGGCGAAAGCAAGGAAACGGAGAGCAUGGUCUCGUCCGAAACGGCUGAGGCUGAGCUGUUAUUUCGAGCGGAGCCGGAGUCGGCUCGGAAGCGGAGUGAGCCAGUUGAGGAAGGAGAGUUGGCUCUGGAGCUGACGCUGGGGCUGGAACCGCAGUCGCGUGCACAGCAAGUGGUUCCGGUGAAGAAGAGGAGGAUCGAGGCUUAUGGGUUAGGCGGUAGGUCCUCAGCUGACGACGGCGCGUGUAAAAUGGAGCUGGGGCUUGAUUUAGUGGCUUGAGCGGUGAAAUAAAAAUGGUUCAGUUUUGACGGCUCAGAUCAGCUCUUUUGUUGGCAUUGAAGAGAUCAAGACUCUUGGUUUUUUUGUUUUUAAUUUACUCGAGUUGUUCUUAGCUUUUAAGUUUUGGUUUUUUUGUUGUUGACUCUUUUACCCCUUUGUGGAGCGAGAUGAGGUGUACAAAUGUGGUUGAAAUUUGCACAUACAGGAACCCGGUAAAUGAACAGAGGGACCAAAUUCUGAUAUUCUCAA